GGGUUAUAUUAGGAUAACAUAGGGUUUUAUUAUAGACAAUAUGACAUUAAAACUUUCUAAACAUACGCUUUUUUUUGAGGAAUUACAAGAUAAAAUCUCAAGAACAUAUAUUUCUGUUAAAAAUCCGUCGCCUAAACAUAAGGUAGCGUUUAAUCUACAUACAACAGCAGCAUCAAAUCAUUAUACAAUAUAUCCAUCAGCAGCUAUGCUUAAUCCGAAUUGUGAAUGUGAGAUUUCAUUUGAAAAGCAUCCAUCAGGUCAAUUUCGUGAAGAUAAUGGGUUAAAUAAGACUAUCGAUAGCUUUAUUAUACAGUCUAUACAGAUAGACGAUAAGAUGAAUAAAAAAAUAACAAAAAUGGAGAAAAAUGAUAAAAUAAUAUGGGAUUUUCUUGAAUCAGAGGUUCAGAAGAGUUUUAAGAAGAAUAAAAUCAAGACGACUACAUUAUUGGUAUCAAUUAAUAAUAAAAUGAAAAUAGAUGGAUCAUCGAAGUUAACGACUGAAAAAUUGAAUGAAGUGAAGGAGGCAAAUUAUAAUAGUAUUACAAGAAAGAUAAAUCAUUUUUCUACAAUGCCUAUAAAAUUUUUUAGAAACAAUAUGUUUAUGCAAAAUCAGAAAGAAAGUGAAUAUUUUCAUCAAAAAAAAGGAUUUCAUAGUUCAGAAACAUUAGAAAUUAUGUCAUCAUCGAGAAGAUAUCAAAUGGAAGAGAAUGAUUCAAAAUCACAAGAAUUGUUUAAAGAUUCAUGUAAUAUGACAAAUAAACAUGAAAGUCCAUUUCAAAGUUUAAAAAACGAUUUUUUUCAUUCAACAGAUACAUUUAGUACACAUAUGUCUGACAAUACAACAAUUACAGUUGUGAAUCUAGGUCAUUCACACAAGACAUAUAAUAAUGAAACGAAUGGUACUAGUUUAUCUGAAUUAUGGUCUAAUAAAGAUUCAGAUAAUGAUAUUAAUUUAAAUGAUUUAAAGAGAUCUACAGAUAUCAUAGAUUCAAAAAAGAUUGAAAAGGAUUUUCAUAAAGGAAUUGAACAUCUUCAAGUAUGGAAAUUGAUACAAAAGCAAGGCAAAACCAAACAUCCUGAUACAUUUUCAUAUAAAGACGAAUUUUCUGAUGAUGAAUUUAUCAUUCCAUCACUUCCUUUAAAGCAAAAUUUCAUAGCUUCAGCAAUUCCUAUAGAUUCAGGUUCAUCUUUACUAAGUUUAUCUCAGAAAUCUACAGAAAGUUUUCUUUCUCAAGAAAUAUUUUAUACGUAUAAGAGUUCAACUUGUAAAGAAACCAAGAAAGAUGUUAGGAAAAUAUCUUUUAAUAAAGAAUCAUUAUUUUCUUAUUCUCAAAAAUCUACUUAUGAUAAUUCUGUAACUCCGGACUGGAUGUAUGGCAUUUUGAACUUGCAAAAAGAUUUUCAAGCAAUGAUUGAAGACUUUGAUCAAAAAACAAAUUUUGAUAUUAAAAAUUUUAAUCUUUCAACUAUCUCAUGUCAAGUGUAAAAAAAAAAUAGAAAAGUUUAAAGAAUCAAUAAAACGGAAACGGA